UUAUUUUAUGAAUUUAUGUAUUAAAAAUUAUUGAUUAAAGAAAAAAAUAUGAAAUUUGACCAAUUCCUUGUCUCCUAUCUUCUCUUUAGCCAUUGUUGCAUCCUCUGUUUGCAGAGAAAGCUUUCGGUGCCAUGAAAGUUGAAGCAACUAUCAGACAGUAUAAUCAUACGGGGAAGUCCACAAGGAUCAAAUGGAGAAACCCAUCAAGAAGAAAACAAAACAGUAAGCCAUGGCUUCUUCUUCUUCUUCUUCUCUCCAGCUUCCUCGUCUUCUUCUUCUUGAAUUCUACCAGGUUUAGCUUCAGAUUCUCACUCAACAACCAUCGACUGAACGUUACUAGUUCGGUUACCAGUAACAGAGCUUCAAGCACACAAGAAGAACUGACACCAGAGUACGAUAAAAACCCCUGCCUGGGUCGAUACAUUUACAUCCAUCAUCUUCCUGGGAGAUUCAACGAAGAUGUGGUUAAGAACUGUGAGUCGCUUAACAGACCAACUGAUAAAUCCAGCAUGUGCGACAACAUCAAAAACUAUGGUUUUGGUCCGGAGAUUGAAAAUUCUAAUGGAGUUUUAUCAAAUAAGAGUUGGUAUUCUACAAACCAGUUUCUCCUCGAGGUCAUCUUCCAUGCGAAAAUGAAGAAAUACAAGUGUUUGACAAACGAUUCGUCACUUGCAUCCGCCAUUUUCAUACCAUUCUAUGCAGGUCUGGAUCUCCGCCGCCAUCUAUGGCGGUUCACCACAUCGGUUAGAGACUCCUCCGGGAUUGACCUGGCGAAGUGGCUUGUGGAAAGGCCAGAGUGGAGAAGAAACUGGGGGAAAGACCAUUUCAUGGUUGCCGGGAGAAUUUCCCGCGAUUUCAGGAGAAAGACAGAGAAUAACUCCGAUUGGGGAAGCAAGUUUAUGCUCUUGCCGGAAUCUCAAAACAUGUCAAUUAUGUCGAUUGAAUCAAGCUUCACCUCCAAUGAAAUCGCCAUUCCAUAUCCAACAUACUUUCACCCCUCUGAAAACAGAGAAAUUUUGCAGUGGCAGAGGAGAAUGAGAGAAACCAAAAGAGAAUUUCUCUUCUCUUUCGCCGGCGCUCCAAGAUCACGACGAAAAGGUUCUGUAAGAGAUUUAGUCAUCAGCCAAUGUAAAUCAUCAAACAAGACAUGCCGGCUUUUGGGUUGUGGAGGAGACUCUGCCUCACAGAGCUGUGACGACCCAGUUAAUGUAAUGAAAUUGUUUACGAGUUCGAUUUUCUGUUUGCAGCCUCCGGGGGAUUCUUACACUCGGAGAUCGAUUUUUGAUUCAAUUUUAGGAGGGUGUAUUCCGGUUUUCUUCCAUCCGGGUAGUGCUUAUGAGCAGUAUUUCUGGCAUUUGCCCAAGAAUCAUUCAGAGUAUUCUGUGUACAUGCCGGGAAAUCAAUUAAGAGACAGAAAAUUCAGCAUUGAACAGAAGUUGCUUGAGAUUACAGAGGACAGAGUUGUAGCUUUAAGAGAAGCGGUUAUUAAGCUGAUUCCGAGGGUAUUAUAUGCAAAUCCCGGGUCUAAAUUAGGGUCCUUUGAAGAUGCAUUUGAUAUAGCAAUUACUAGAAUUCUCAAGAGAAUAUCGAGAGCAGGAGAGGAGAGUGGUAGGAGCUAGCGAGAAACUAGAAUCGGACUCCAACCGGGUUGCUUUGACAAAAACAGGGGAUAGACAGAGGACGUUCAGGGAGAUCAUUCAGCUUCCGUUUGGCAAAACAGAUUAAAGACAAGGGAGGACCAGAACAGGAUUAUUGAUAUAUCAAAUCUUUAAAGACUUAAAAAUUUUGAGUAAUGAUGGUUCCGGGAUUCCAUUGGUUAACCAGAACAGAGGCAGAGGAAGAACUAGCAGACUUCUUUUACACGAUUUGGUAUAAAAAAAAAAAAAACACAGAGGAGAAACAGAGGUGGAGUGAAACGGGAACGUUUUGGUAAAAUUAACGAA